UGCUGACACAGAGCCAUUGUAGUAGAACACUCAUAGCUCAGUAAGCCAAGAAAGCUGUUUGGCAAGAAAGGAGCAUUUGGAAUUCAAACAAUGAGGGCAAGGUAUGGAGUUUUUCUGUCCUUUUUCAGACCAUCUUUUUUUAAUCAUUUAUAUAUAAUUUGUCUAAGUUCUUUGUUUCAUCAACUCACUUUAAUCAUGCUGAGCAAUUUAAAAUUUGACAAGGGAAUCAAUCAAAUAACAAAAAUAAUAUAUCUAUAUAUCUAUUAUCUAAAAUAAUAUUAUUUAGAAUUUUGGCAAUUUAAUAUAUAUAUAUUGAUCAAAAGAGGAGGUUACAACAGUAAUUGAAAUUCUCCUGUCAGUUUCUGUAGACCUCAUGCUGACGUUUCUUGAGACUGUCCAAUUGAUAUAGGCAUUAUUUUCUUAGUUAAAAAAAAAAAUAUUACACUAAGUUACUGCACACAAAAUAUAAAAUAUUUGCUGUUCCAUUCUGUUUCAUUUAGUUUUAACUCAUAAAGAAAAGAAAAAAAACAGUUAAAAGCAGUUGUUUAUGACAUGGUAACAUUUUCAGCUGGCUUACUUUUUGCUUAUUUGAUUGAGAAUUUGUUGACUAUGUAAGAAAAAUAUAUAAUGUAAGCGGGCAAAAUCAACUGCGAAACCUCUUCGUUUGUUCGAUCCUACACUCGGUGAAUUUCACAUUCUUACACACAUCCAUAUGCAUAUAUGUGUGAUUUUGUGUGUAAUUGAAACGUGAAAAAACUACCUGAUGUAUUUCACCGGUGUAGCAUCUAUAAGACCAAAUCGAAUUCUAACUACCCAUUCAUUAGCUUCCUCCACCCCCCACAAUAAAUUAAUAAAAACAAUCAAGAAAUAAUUAUGAAACCUAGUUGUUUACCAAAAUAGGGAAAAUUCCAACAGAAUUAUAUAUAUAAAAAAAGCCCUAGAGUGUGUGUUGACAGCUAUUUAUAGCACCCACGAGCACCCCUCCAUCCGGACCUGUGAUCUCUGCAUUCUGUACUUUGGCCCCCAGAAAAAUAAAUAAAAAUAAAAAACAAAAAAGAAGAAGAUUUUCCUCAAAAAGAAAAAAAAAAUGAGGGGGAAAUCUUCUUCAUCCAAGUCGAAAAAUGGUGUAACGGAGAUUUCGAAAGCCGAAAAACCGAAAGAACCUCAGUUAUCAGGUGCUUACAUUCGGAGUCUUGUUAAACAGCUGUCGUCUUCGAGAACCAAAGACUUGUCGAGCUCGAAAGAGCUCGAUGAUUUGGAGGGGGUUCGAAUUUCGACGUGUGAUGGAUUUUCCGAUCAGAAACAAGAAAAAUCACAGCCACCUCAGCAGCACAAAAAGCAAGUCAGAAGAAGGCUCCACACAAGCAGGCCUUACCAAGAAAGGCUGCUGAACAUGGCCGAAGCCCGACGAGAAAUAGUCACUGCUCUCAAAUUCCAUCGGGCCGCUAUGAAACAAGCUGGCGAGAAUCAACAGCACCACCAGCAGCAGCAGCAAAUCGAGUCGAGGCCGGAAAUUCAUCAACUUUCAACUCAAGAACAGGAAGCCAAAUCAAAGUCUCGUAGGAAUCCGAGAGUUUACGCUUCGAAUUCUCCAACUUCGAAUAAUUUCCCACCUGGCUAUCUCGAAAAUCUACCCUACCACCCUUCUCCUUAUUCUUGGCCUAUUUCCUCAAUUGCACAACCACCACCGCCGCCACCGCCACCGCCACUGCAGCCACCUUAUAUCCAAGAAAACCUCAAUUUCAUACUCCCUAGCCAAACACUUGGCCUGAACCUCAAUCUCAAUCUUCAAGAUUUUAACAACAUGGACUCGACUUUUUACUACACUGCUUCCACCAACCCUUCAUCAAUUUACUCCGCUUCAACCCCAUCAACCUCCUCUUCUCCCUUUUCAGCCGCUACCGAUGAAAUUCAGUACACGGGAGUGCCGCCAGCUGAGGUGGCGGAAUUCGGUGAUUCCGGUCUGCAUCAUGCGAUGGACGACGACGAGAUGGCUGAGAUUAGGUCGAUCGGGGAGCAAUAUCAGAUGGAGUGGAACGAUACCUUGAAUUUAGUGAAUUCGGCGUGGUGGUUCAAGUUCUUGAAGGCUAUGGAAAUCUCGCCGGAGAAUCAAGAAGAAGGUGGUGGUGGUCGGGAUUUUUCGAACUGUCCGUUCGACGAAGCUGUCGAAUUCCCGGAUUGGCUCAAUGCAAACGAGAGCUGUUUGCAGCACGUGAAUGAUUUUUGCUCCGACAAUUACUUCCAAGAUCCUGCUCUGCCAUGCAUGGAGAUUGAAGAAAUUGAAGGAAUGGAUGGGGACUGGUUAGCCUGAGGAAGAUUGAUUGUUCUUUUUUCUCAUAAUAAUCAAAUCGUUGGCGGCCUUCCUUUUUUUUUUUUUAGUUCUAUUUUCGCCCAUCCAUAGUGGCACCUGGAUCUUUUAUUUUUAUUUUUUUAAAUUUAUUUUUUUAUUUUGUAAGCUCCUGCAAAAUAAGACUUGCCUGUAUGUGUAACGAAACAGGCAACUGAAAAAAAAAAUAUAUGAGUUGAUUAAGUUAUUAGAUUCCUCUAUCUCUCUACGGUUUUUGUUCAUUGAGACGAUGAAGUUUUAAUCUAUGUCUUGAGUCGUUUUGUCGUACA